UCUCCGCCGCCYGGACCGCAGCACCAUGUCGGCAGAAAAACUCAAGCAUCACAAAAUCAUCUUCGUAGUGGGUGGCCCCGGCUCGGGGAAGGGGACGCAGUGUGAGAAGAUCGUGCAGAAGUAUGGGUACACCCACCUCUCCACCGGAGACCUGCUGCGCGCCGAGGUCAGCUCCGGCUCUGAGCGGGGCAAGAAGCUCAAGGAGAUCAUGGAGAAGGGCGAGCUGGUGUCCCUGGACACAGUGCUGGACAUGCUGCGGGACGCCAUGCUGGCCAAAGCGGACACGUCCAAGGGCUAUCUGAUCGACGGCUACCCCCGUGAGGUGAAGCAAGGAGAGGAGUUCGAGAAGAAGAUCGGCCCCCCGACACUGCUGCUCUACGUGGACGCGGGGAAGGACACGAUGGUCAAGCGGCUGCUGAAGCGAGGCCAGACCAGCGGGCGGGUGGACGACAACGAGGAGACCAUCAAGAAGCGCCUGGAGACCUACUACAAGGCCACGGAGCCCGUCAUCGCCUUCUACAAGAGCCGGGGCAUUGUCCGCCAGCUCAACGCCGAGGGCACCGUGGACGAGGUGUUCAAGCAGGUCUGCUCCUACCUGGACGCGCUGUAGCCGCACGCGCCYGCCCCGGCCCUGCCGCACAGACAGCGGAAGCGGCUUCAUCCUGUUUUCGUGGACGGAGCCGCGCGGAGGAAAUUUCAAGGACAUUGUGUUUGGCUCUUUCCCGUCUCUCCCCAGUAAAGUUCACUUUAAUGA